UAUAAAGCGUGGACCAUGUAGCGGCUCCUGCGGACAAAGAGGACGGAGGACGGAGGACGGAGCGCUUCCGAUGGGGAACCUGCUGGGCAGCUGGCGCUUCAAGGAGCCGAGCACCGUGGAGGAGUGCGACUCGACGUGGGGGUCGGACUCCGAGGACGACAGCGGCAUCUCUGAGUCCGUCAGCCCGGCGGAGGGCGAGCGGGCCGCGGGGCACGCCUCCGGAGACACGAGCCCGCAGCUGACUGACUCCCCAGAGUCCGCCCCCAAGAUGAAGAGGAGUUUCUACGCCGCCAGGGACCUGUACAAGUACCGCCACAGCUACCCGAACUACAAAAAGUCCCGGCAGCCCAACGAGUACCGCAACCUGCGCUUCUACCUGAACAAGAUCCCUCUGGUACCGGAUGGUAUCUACAUCGAGGAGAUUCUUUCCAAGUGGAGAGGCGACUACGACAAACUGGAGCACAAUCACACCUACAUCCAGUGGCUGUUCCCGUUAAGAGAACAAGGGCUCAACUUCUACGCACACGAACUGACUCAGGACGAGAUCAAAGAAUUCCAGAACACCCGGGAAGCCAAGCGGAGAUUCCUGGCGGCGUACUCCCUCAUGCUGGACUUCUACGGCAUCAAGCUGCUGGAUAAGAGCGGCAACGUGGCUCGAGCCUCCAACUGGCAGGAGCGCUUCCAGCACCUUAAUGAAUCCCACCACAACUACCUGCGGAUCACGCGGAUCCUCAAGUCCCUGGGCGAGCUGGGCUACGAGGCGUUCAAGGCCCCUCUGGUGCGCCUGUUCCUGGAGGAGUCUCUGUGCCAGAACACCCUCCCCAACAUGCAGCACAGCGUCCUGGAGUACUACGUCUACACCAUCCGCCUGCCGGCCACCCGCCGCCGCCUGCUCCGCUACGCCCGCCAGCACUACAGGCCCGCCCACGCCUUCCUCUGGGGCCCGCCGCCCAAACGGCGAGGCGACGGCGCAGGCCCCGGGGGAAGUGUGGGCGGCGCCGGGAGCAGCGGGAUCAGAGCCCCGGCUCCAACGCCGGAGCAGCAGAGGAGGAGGGAGGAGUCCGUACCUGCGGGGAGCGGGAUUAUCGUGUCUUCCCACGACGCCAUGAUGUGCCAGGACCUGGCUGGAGCGGCGCCCAAGGACUGUGGCGGACCUGGGUCCCACAUGGCCGGACUGGAGGGGGCACUGAUGAUGGUGGGAGUGAGAGGAGAGAGGAAUGAGUACAACGACUUCGUUCCUCUGUAGAAAAAUCAAGUUCUCACAUCAACCGAUUCUCAUGUAGAGGUGAUGUUCUGAAAGGCCCUUCAGAGUCCUGACGCUGUCAGGACAGCAACAGCUCUUCACACGUGGUCAGUCGCAGUUAAGUUUAAGGGCUUAUCAAUAAACAAUAAUAGUUCUCAAUUGCCAAUACUCUAUAAAUAUUCCUGAUUAGGGCUGCACAGUAUCUAGUGAACAUGCAACAGGUUAUGAUUGGUGUUAAAUACAAACACGUAUGCAGAUGAUGUUAAUGUGUAUUUUGCAUGUAGCUGUGAAUUGUGCAGCCCUAGUCCUGAUUCGAUUGCGAUUUGUGCAGUUGAGGGUUCUCCUCAUGAGCCGGCCCCCAAGGGCCAAAUAACCCGAAAACCAUCGAAACCAGAAAAGAUGGGUUUCUUCUCAUCAGGGCUAAAGCCAGACGAGCCAACACAGAAAAUUGCCUUAUUUAAAGUUUUCGUCUGGAACUGAAAUGUGGUCACCUCGAGAACCUUCUUUCAGCCACAGGUGCCCCCCGAUUGGUCGGCUGGUGUUGCGAUGGCUUCAGGUAUUAAAGUUGUGCGUACUUAUGAAACGUUGUAGCGGGAGCUCGGCAACACGCUGGACUCUCUCUGUACAGGUGCUAUAAAGACGAUGAGACUAUUUGAAGACGGGGAUUUUUAUCUUUUUCCUGAACAUGUGAAAUGACUUUGGAGGAAUUCCAUGGACAGUUUGUCAGCAAUAUUUUGAAAAAUGGACUUGAAAUCCUCCAUCUGAUGUUAGCAGCAGGCACAAGCCAGGGACUCCUCAAGUUGAAGGUAGCUACUUUCUCCGAAAAUUGUACAGAACUGUAAAGCAAAAAUUAAAUCUUGUUUGUGACUUGAUUUGUUGACCUAACAGGUAGGAAUAGAAGAGCUUUUUCUGACACUUCAGUCGGUGAGGUAAAAUCCUCAGAGAUGAAUAAUUAUAGUAUAUCAAUAAAUGGCGUUAUUUCUGGUGAAAUGCUUUUAUAUGUGGUGUCACUGAAAGGCCUUCUAUGCUUACCUGGGGCCGGUUAGUGGGAGUGACGUUGGCGUGAUCGGACGGGUGUGUGUUGCACUUUUUGGACAAUCUGUGUCUUCCUGUUGAAAGCGCUGUAGGUGUGUCUCCAAAAGGCUGCGUGGCAUUAACAUGACGAAUCGCUCUCAUAUAACCGAACGUUGCAAUAAUCCAGUUAUCAGCAUGUAAGAUUCUGUGUAGUUUGGUAGAGAUCAGAGGUCUGCAACCUGCAAACUGCUCAAACCUUCACUCCGCUACAGCUCACGAGGAAAACUACAAACAAGCUAACAGUAAAAAAUGGCUAAUAUAGAUAAAAUAGCUAAACCAGCUAAAAAGGAAAAAAAAAAAAAAAACGAUAAUCAAAUUAAAAGGGAAAAUAACUUAAAUUUGGUAAAAAUGUAAAAUUUCGGAAGGACUAGCCUACAAAGCUAUGAAAAUAAUUGAAAGAGUUAAGACCAAUGGAAAUGAUAACUACAAAAUAACUGAAUUUGAAAUUGUAAGAAAUGCUACUGGAAUCAAAACCUGGAACCAUAACCUGUCAGACCAUUCCAAAACCUGGAAUCAAAAAGAUAUUCAGAACGGCUAGAAACUGUGAAGCAACUCAAAAAAAAAGUAAAGAGAAUUCUUGGAAAAUGUUAACAUGACUAAUUUAGGUAAAUUGCAACAAAAAAAAAAAAAAAAUCACAGUGACUCUAAUCUAUUGAAAUGGAUUAACAUGGUGAAACAGGUAA